AUGUUUUCAUUGUACACAAAUCGUCAUUAUAUUAGACCAACUGCAAAAAAUCUUAUUGUUGUGCUUCAGGUGUCAAAUUUUAGUUUCAAUGUUAGUCUAAAAAAACAAAAAAUUUAUACAUGUGUCAGCCAUGCUUUAGAGGAUAUUAAACCUGGCAGUUCAAUUCUAUUUGGUGGUUUUGGUCUUUGUGGUAUCCCUGAAAAACUGAUUGACGGUUUAGUAGAACGAGAAGACAUAAACGACUUGACAGUGAUAAGUAAUAACGCCGGUGUAGAUAAUUUUGGCUUAGGAAAGUUAUUGAAACAAAAGAAAAUAUCUAAAAUCAUUGGUUCAUAUGUGGGUGAAAAUUCUGAAUUUGUUCAGCAAUAUCUAAAUGGAGAGCUUACAGUAGAACUCACCCCUCAAGGAACAUUAGCUGAGCGUAUACGGGCUGGAGGUGCAGGUAUACCAGCAUUCUAUACUCCAACUGCUGUAGGUACUCUUGUGGAAGAAGGGGGUAUCCCACUAAAGUAUGCGUUGCAUAAAGAAUCAGCUGAAGAUGAUGAGACCAGUGAAGCUAACAAAAAUAACCCACGAAGAAGCGUGGAAAUUAGCAGUGAUGUCCGAGAAACUCAAGUCUUUGAUGAUAAGACGUAUGUUUUGGAAAAAGCAAUUACUGCCGAUUAUGCUAUCAUUAAAGCACAAAAGGCAGACCAUGAAGGAAAUCUUGUAUUUAAUAAAUCAGCUCGAAACUUUAAUGCAGUCAUGUGUGCAGCUGCAAAAACUACAAUUGUAGAAGUUGAAGAAAUAGUAGAAAAUGGUGAUAUUGAUCCAGAUCAAGUACAUGUUCCUGGAAUAUAUGUUGAUAGAAUUGUGCUGGGCAAAGAUUAUAUAAAAAAAGUUGAAAAAACAGUUUUGUCCAAAAAGUCUGAUGAAUCCAUUUCCAUGUUAGUUUGCUCACCAGCUGCUCAAUUAAGAGAAACAAUUGUUAAGCGUGCUGCUCUUGAAUUCAAAAACGGCAUGUAUAUUAAUUUGGGCAUAGGCAUGCCAAUGUUAGCUAGCAAUUACAUUCCUGAGGGUGUCCAAGUAAUGUUACAAAGUGAAAAUGGUAUUAUUGGUCUUGGUCCAUAUCCAUCGUCCAAAAGAUGUGUUGAUCCAGACUUAAUAAAUGCUGGUAAAGAAACAGUAACUGUCAUACCUGGUAGCAGUUUUUUCGGUAGUGAAGAAAGUUUUGCAAUGAUAAGAGGAGGUCAUUUGGAUUUAACUAUACUGGGUGCAAUGGAAGUGUCUCAAUACGGGGAUUUGGCUAAUUGGAUGAUACCGGGAAAAUUGGUCAAAGGUAUGGGUGGUGCAAUGGACCUUGUGUCAGCUCCACAUACCAAAGUCAUAGUAGUCAUGGAACAUACAACAAAAGAAGGCAACCCAAAAAUUAUAUCUAGUUGUACCCUUCCGUUAACUGGUAGUCGAUGUGUAGACAAGAUUAUCACAGAAAAGUGUGUAUUUGAUGUGGAUCCGGAGAAUGGAUUGACUUUGGUUGAGAUUGCUGAUGGUGUUGAAAUUGUAGACAUAGUUCAAAGUACUGGAUGUGAAUUUGUCAAAGCAGAUAACUUGAAAAUUAUGGGACAAGUAGAAUAA